CACUUCCUGGUUCGGGUUUAGUGCUGAGAGCUGGGACAUAGCUGCUGAAUUUUUAUAGCAGUUUACAUUCAUUCAGCUGCUCCAGUGAUCUGUGAAUAAUCUCAGCGGACCAGCCUUAUGUCAGAUGACCUGAAGAUGCUGCUGCACUGCAGCCCGCAGCAGGUUUGAGCAACCACCUGGAGACAUUGAGCGAGAGCGAUAACUGGGCCAUAUCACCUGAAUACCAGUAUAGUGCGCACCAUGCCGAGGACCCUCCUGUGGGCUGUAGAUGUGUAUGGGAGGGUUUAUAGCCUGUCGACAGGAGGACAGCAGUGGGAACAGUGCCGCGAUGCCCACCUGGAGUUCAAACGUGUCGCCGCUGCGCUCCAGUGCUGUUGGGGCAUCGCCUGUGAUCACAACAUCUACCUGUGCGUCCACGCCAGCGAGGUGCCAAUCCGCUUCCGUGAAGAGACCUAUGAAAAUCAGCGAUGGAACCCGGUGGACGGUUUCUCAGACCGCCUGUUGCCUAGCGAUCGCUGGCAGUGGAGUGAUGUGACGGGCCUGCAGCAUCAGCCACUGGACAGCUUCCAGCUUCCAUCGGAGAACUGGGAGUGGGAGGCUGACUGGUACGUGGACGAAAACUUUGGAGGAGAGCCCACGGAGAAAGGAGGUUGGACAUACGCUAUUGAUUUUCCGGCCACUUACACUAAAGACAAGAAGUGGAACUCUUGUGUGCGCCGUCGCCAAUGGACACGCUACAGGAGGUACAAGGCACAAGACACCUGGGCUAAGAUCCCUUCAGAGCAGACGAGUUCCCUGCCAGACCCGUUUAAUGAUAUAAGCUGUGGUGGUUGGGAAAUCACAGAGGAGCCCAGGGGGCGUAUUUCUCUAUGGGCUGUCUCUCUUCAGGGCAGGGUGUGGUUCCGGGAUGGAAUCAGCCACUUCAACCCUGAAGGCUCGGUGUGGGAGGAGGUGCCAACUCCAGGCGAGGUGGUGCAGAUUAGUUGUGGACCGGCUGACCUUCUGUGGGGGGUACUGUGGGAGGGGCAGUUCCUGGUCAGAGAGGGCAUUAGCAGAGACUGCCCAAAAGGGACGACAUGGGUUGUAGUUGAAUCACCAAACCCGGAAGUCGGAGCUAUACAUGUCGCUGUGGGUGUCAAUGUAGUGUGGGCUGUGACAAAAGAUCAUAAAGUCUGGUUUAGGCGUGGCGUAAAUUCUCACAAUCCGUGUGGCUCAGGCUGGAUUGGGAUGGUCGGGGAGAUGGUGAUGAUAAACGUGGGACUCAAUGACCAGGUAUGGGGCAUCAGCUGUGACGACCGGGCGGUGCAUUUCCGCCAGGGUGUGACUGUCAGUGAGCUGAGUGGGAAGGCCUGGAAGGCUGUGUCAGUCCCCAGAGACACAGAGCGCUCCCACUCCAGCGCCAGUGCUAACAGCCUGCAGAGUGCCGGGUGUUUUUUUGGCGGCGAGGUCCGCCUGCACUCACAAAACUCCGUCCUGAAUGAUUUGGACUCUGAAACGGAGAAAGCAGCAGCAGCAGCUGCAGAAGAAGUGCCGCCCCCCAUCGCGACUGACGAGCCUAAGAAGCGAAUCCCCAAAGUGACUAGUGACAGCUUUAUCUCAGAGCUGGUGUCUGAUCGAGAAGGUCAGAUUGGGCAACGUGCCCUCACACAGGCCACAUCCAUCCCUGAGGAAGAGUCUGUGGAGAGUGAUGCAGAGGGAAAGGACAAAGCUGCCACGGACGUGCCGCUUUCUUCUAACCAAACCGGACUGCCAGACCCCCAGUGGAGCAACGUGGACCUGGAGGAGGCUCACACACACGUGAACGUGGGAACCGCUGGGGAUGCUGCCGAGACUUGCAGCCUGUCAUCUGUAGCCACUUAUAACCUGGGCAUGGAGGAGCCAUAUGGGCCUGAUGAUCACCCCUUGUGGGCCUGGGUUAGUGGUGGAGGCUGCUAUAUCGACUCGCACUCCCAGCUCCCCUGGUUUAACUCCACAGCCCUGGCUGCCUCUGUGCAGGCCAUGUCGCUGUCCAUCACACCCGCGCAGACCGCGGCCUGGCGCAAGCAGAUCUUUGAACAGCUCAGUGAGAGGUCAAAGAGAGAGAUGGAAAACUUUAAACAUUAUGAGCAAGCCAUUGAACAGUCAGUUUGGGUGAAAAAGGGCUCCAUGCAGUGGUGGCGGGACUGGAAGCCUCACAAGUGGCUGGAUGUGCAGUUUGCACUCGAGCAAUUCUCAGGCGCUGAGGGCAACAAGGAUGGCAUCUUGUUUAUUUACUAUUCCUUUAACAAUGAGAAAAAGUACCUACACGCGUUCAUUAACGAAGUCACCAUCCUGGUACCGGUGCUGAACGACUCCAAAAACACUUUCGCGAUCUACACUCCAGAGAGGACUAAGCAGAGGUGGCCCAUCCGCCUGGCAGCUGCCACCGAGCUGGAGAUGCAUGACUGGCUGGCCUUGCUCAGUCUGUCCUGCUGCGAUUCCCGUGGCAUCCAGGGUCCACCAUCCAAACAGGCCAUCUGGUCUGUUACAUGCAAAGGAGAUAUUUUUGUCAGCGAGCCCACACCAGGACUGGAGGCCUCACCUUACCCUACACCCUGUGACCAAAUGUUCUGGCGCCAAGUUGGAGGACAUCUAAGAAUUGUGGAGUGUAACAGUCUAGGAGUAGUGUGGGGAAUCGGCUAUGACCACACAGCAUGGGUCCACACAGGCGGCUACGGGGGAGGCUUCUUUCAGGGGCUUGCCAGCAGCACAGAUAACAUCUACACCCAGACUGAUGUGAAGAGUGUAUAUAUUUAUGAGAACCAGCGCUGGAAUCCUGUUACUGGCUACACAAACAAAGGGCUCCCUACAGAUCGCUACAUGUGGAGUGAUGCUUCAGGCCUUCAAGAGUGUACCAAAUCCAACACUAAACCUCCCUCGCCUCACUGGACAUGGGUGUCAGACUGGGUCAUCGACUAUGGCGUAACUGACGGAACAGACAGAGAGGGCUGGCAGUAUGCAGCUGAUUUUCCAGCGUCAUACCACGGUCAUAAAACCUUGAAGGACUUUGUCCGUCGCAGGCGUUGGGCCAGGAAGUGUAAACUCACCACCACAGGGCCAUGGCAGGAAGUUCCACCUAUCGCUCUGAGUGAUGUUACAAUUUUGCCAUGUAGCCCAAAGACCACAGUGGAACAGGUGCCUUUGUGGGCCAUCAGCAACAAGGGAGACGUGCUUUGCCGAUUAGGGGUCUCCUCGUUCACACCUGCCGGAACAUCAUGGCUCCAUGUAGGAACAGACCAGCCUUUCAAGUCCAUCUCGAUUGGUGGGGUGUAUCAGGUGUGGGCUGUAGCCAAAGAUGGCUCAGCAUUUUACAGAGGAGCUGUAUCAUCCCAAAAUCCUGCAGGAGACUGUUGGUACCAUAUACCCUCUCCAGCUACCCAAAAGCUCAAACAGGUGUCGGUGGGCAGGACGUCCGUCUGUGCAGUGGAUGAGAAUGGAAACUUGUGGUAUCGACAUGGUGUGACACCCAGUUACCCUCAGGGUUCAUCGUGGGAGCACAUCUCCAAUAAUGUGCGAAAAGUGUCUGUGGGGCCACUAGACCAGGUAUGGAUUAUUGCUGAUAAGGUCCAGGGCAGCCACAGUCUGAGCUGUGGGACCGUUUGCCGCAGGCUGGGGGUACAACCCCUGGAGCCUAAAGGACAGACGUGGGACUACGGCAUUGGGGGUGGUUGGGACCACAUCACCGUGAGAGGCAAUGCACUGGAGGCGCCGCGUAUCCUUAUGCCAUCACUGAAUGACAGCGGAAAAAGUCACACAACGCCACACGGCUUGCAGCCGGCAGAGAUGAACGGCAACACUGUGGGAUGUUAGCAGCAUAACCUUUUGCCUUCUGUCUACCCUUGUCUCUCCCUCUCUGUACUCUCUAGCCCUGGUGUAGCAGCUCACCCCCUUUUUCUAAUAGUCAUAUAGCUAAUGUGUGGUACCCGUAAGCUUCUGAUUUAAUCUCUCAGCAGUGACACAUCAAAUUGCAUUCUUUUCUUUUUUUUCCAAAAGGAAACAGUCUCAUACCAUCAUACUGGUUGUAAUAUUUCUAAACUUUUUACCUAGUUAUUUUUUAAUUAUAUUUCUUAAUUGUAUUUAAUUUAUUUAUUGAUCUAUUUAUUUAUUUGUCUGUGGAUACACAUGUUUGGUCUUGGUUUUGUUUUUUCGUUUCUUUAUUUGAUUUGUAGUAGCAAAUAAUACAGUGUGUUCAAGGCUUGGUGUAGGCUCGACAAGGUACUCCACUGACGAAGACAUCACAAACAAAGUACACACUUUUAAAGACAAGGCCAUUUUACCAGCAUGGAAAUAAACACAGGAUUACGGAUCAGACUCUACGGAUCAGAGUUGGAUCACAUACACAGUGACUGACGCUUGCUAAACAUGAGUUUCCUACUAAGCACUCAACAUUAAAACCAGAGUAACAUCCUGUUCUUGAGAAGCUUGAAGAAGUGUCAGCUAGCUGCUAGGAAAAUAAACCUUUAUUAAUUCAGCUGGCCGUUAUCUCUAAGCUCACUGUAGUGGUAUCAUCAAUACUUAACAUUUAGACAAUGGUUUACUUUUCUCAGGAAUCCCAAGGUGUAUGUUUCAUCAGAAUUGAAUAACUGAUGACUAUCUGUAUUGUUUUAAAAGCAGCACAAAAGAGAUGUUGGAAAAAGUUUAUUUUUCAAAAUUUUCAUUAUGGGCAGUGCUACUGUAUGAUGGUCAUUGUCAUUUUAAUAAGACUUUUAUGCUGGCAGGUAAAUGUGGUUUUCUCUUAAAGCACGAUUUUAGGGCAUUACGUGUGGAUAAGUAUAAAUAAAAAUUAAAUAAAACUAUAAUAUAUAUAGACGCAAACAUAAAAACAACUUGAAUGUUGUUGCUGGUAAAUUGUAUGUCGAUGAAAAGAAAAGAAAAGGUCUACAGUUUGCACCAUGUUUCUGUCGACAUACAAUAAUGAAAUACAGAUUUUUAACUCUGGACAUUUAUGGCUGUAAAAACUUAAAUUAUGGAAAUAGUAUUUAUUAAAACGCUCCCUGAUGUAAAUGUAUGCAUGACAUGUGCCCUUAAAAUAAAUGUGACUUCAAAUA